GAGCCAGAUCGCCAAAUCUGCCAUCCAGCCAAGUCCUCUGCCCCAAUCGCCAGCCAUGGCCCAUGUGACAUCUGUCCCCCUAACAGACCGGGCUGAAUUUGGCCUCCAGAGAGGAAGGAGGCCACCAAGGCUCAGCACUGAGUCCUCCCAGUCCAGAGAAACCACAGUUCACUUCCUGAAGGCAGCAGCCCAGCUCAGGUCCCCUCGCCCUGUGGCCUGUCCCCUGCCUGCCGUCAUGGGCAGCAUGAACCUGGGGGCCAGCAGCCAGGGUGAGAGCGGGGGGCUUUCUGUGGGGGGGACAAAGUCGGUCCCGCACCCGCUGUCCCCUCCCCCACCAGUCAGGCUCAGGGCCAGUUGGGAGGACGCCCAAGGCAUUCUGGGAGAGCCAGAGAUUGCCACGGUGCCGGCUCUUGGGGGCCUGCCAUCUGGUUCUCAUCGACACCGCUGGCUGUGGGCGUCCCUGACCAUCAGCCUGGUGUCAGCGACAGAGACGCCGUGCCCAGUAGAUCUCACCCGAGAGAGCCAUCAGGACUUCCGGAGCCUCCAAGCAAAGUUCCAGGCCUCUCAGCCCGAGUCCGGUGAACUCGCCCCCAAACCCCUGAAGCCUGAGCUCAACAAACUCAAGAAGUUUCCGCAGCCUGAGUUCAGCACAGUGUCCUUGAAGUCUCCACAGUCUGAGCACACUGAUAAGGCCCCACAGCCUGAGUUCACUGACCUCCCCAAGAAGCCCUUGCAGCCCGAGUUCCUUAAACUCCCCAAGAAGCCCCCGCAGCCUGAGUUCACUAACCUCCCCAAGAAGCCCCCACAGCCUAAGUUCAGUGCAGUGUCCUUGAAGCCCCCGCAGCCUGAGUUCACUGACCUCCCCAAGAAACCCCCGCAGCCCGAGUUCCCUAACCUCCCCAAGAAGCCCCCGCAGCCUGAGUUCACUGACCCCCCGAAGAAGCCCCCGCAGCCUGAGUUCACUGACCUCCCCAAAAAGCCCCCGCAACCUGAGUUCACUGACCACCCCAAGACGCCCUCCAAACCUGAGUUCAGUGAAUGUGCCAAGAAGCUCCCCCAGCCCGAGACCACUCCAUUCCCCAGGAAGGCCCCGCAGCUCGAGUUCAGCGAGGCCCAGAGCAAGGCCUCUCUGCUGGAGCCUGGUACUCUCGCCCAGAAGCCUGAGCUCAGCCGCCCUGCCAGGGACCCCUCAGAACCCAAGCUCGGUGCAUUCUCCAGGAAGCUCUGGCCGGCUGAGUCUAGUGAGGCCACCCUGAAGCCUUCGGAGCCCGAGUUCAGCCCCUUUCCCAAGAAGCCCCUGCAGCCCGAGUUCAGUGCGCACCCCAGAAAACCCCCGCAGCCUCAGGUGGGCAGCCUCCCUAAGAAGUUCCUGCCGCAGCCUGAGUUCAGUGAGGUCCCUCGCACCCCCCCCUGGAAGCCCGAUUCCAGCGAGCCCCCUCCUCAGUCCCCGCGGCACGGCUCCGGUGCAUUUCCCAGGAAGCCCUCGCAGCCUCAGCUGAGUGACCUCCCCAGGACGUCGUCAGAGCCCGAGGUCAGCGUGCUUCCGAAGAGGCCGCAGCAGCCCGAGUUCACAGCGCUCCCCAAGAAGCCCCCGCAGCUGCAGCUGGGUGGCCUCCCCAGGACGUCCUCAGAGCCCGAGUUCAGUUUGCUUCCCAGGAAGUGCCUGCAGCCUGAGUGCCGGGGGGCACCCCGCAAGUUCUCCCAGCCCGAGCCCAGUGCUCUGCCCAAGAAGCCCCCGCAGCCUGAGUUCUUCGGUCACCUCCCUAGAAAGCCCACGCUCCCGGGCUCGGUGUCAGAGAGCUCCCUGCCCGCUGCGGUGGCCGGCUCCAGCCCGAGGCUGCCGCCCAGCCCUGGCUUUGGGGCUCCUGCGACACGCCGCUGGAGGUCGGGAGGCCUCGGUCACAGUGGAGGGUUCAGACCAGGCUUGAAACCCGGCCACCCACCCCGGCGGAGGCCUCUGCCCCCCACCAGCAGCCUGGGGCCCCCUCCAGUCAAGCCCCCGCUGCCUCCGCUCCUCAUGGGUUUCCAGAGCUUUCGGAGACCAUCCACAGGCUCGACAGAUCUCCGGAGGACCAGCUCCUCGGCCGGGAUUCACUUCUUCCGGGCCCAGCGACCUGAAGACAUCCCGCGGGACCCGAAUGAGAUCUACGAGGAAUAUGACGACGUGGCGCCCACAUAUGACUCCAGCCGCAGACCCAAAGGCACAGAUCAAGCGCCCUCAACCCAGCAAGACGCUAAGAGGCCACCACAAGACCCUGAGCUCAGCAAGGAGAAGGCCCCCACGCCACAGCAGCCGCUGCCCACAGACCCCAAGCAGCUGAAGCAGAUGAGGAAAGCAGAGAAGGCCGAGAGAGAGUUCCGGAAGAAGUUCAAGUUCGAAGGGGAGAUCGUGGUUCACACGAAGAUGAUGAUCGACCCCAAUGCCAAGACUCGGCGUGGGGGCGGAAAGCACCUGGGCAUCCGGCGCGGUGAGAUCCUGGAGGUGAUCGAGUUCACCAGCAAGGAGGAGAUGCUGUGCCGGGACCCCAAGGGCAAGUAUGGCUAUGUGCCCAGAAUCGCUCUGCUGCCCCUGGAGACGGAGGUGUAUGACGACGUGGGCUUCUGGGAUCCUCUGGAGAGUGAACCACUCCCCCGGGGACGGUAA